AUGUACAAGAAAAUGGAUGAGAAACAAGAAGAUGAUGGAGCAUCAUUGAUACCAAAGACACCUUCUCCAACAAGUGCCAAAGCAAAGCCAAACAAUGACUCGACUACUGCUGCUGGUGGAGGUGGUACUGGAUACCGCAAGACAAGUGAUAACUUAUCAAAGAACUCAAAUUCAUUCUUCUCUGACCUGAGGAGUACUGUUCAGAUAUCAGACGCACCGGCACAGCAACAAACAGGUCCUGAUGGUCAGAUCAUACCUGCCACGGCAGCAGCACCAGCCAAUGAACCGGCCAAGCCAAAGACAUUCAUCGAUGGCACACUGCGAGGCCUGGCAUCCAUUGGAACCGGCAUCGUCUCUGGUGUCGCUGGCAUUGUACAACAACCAUAUAAAGGUGCCAAGAAGGAUGGUGUCGCCGGCUUUGCCAAAGGUGUCGUCAAGGGUGUCGGCGGUGUCGUACUCCUGCCCGUUGUCGGUGUCAUGGAGUUCGUCUCACUCACAUCCCAGGGCAUCAUGAACACGCCACUCACUGUGAUCGAUGCAAUGAAGAAUGCGCCAAAGGAUGAUACAUUACAACAAGUUACAGCUAUCGAAGACCCAUUGUUCUUUGGAAUCAACAUCACAGAGUCAAUCGAGCGUGCACAAGACAAAGGCGUACCUCACCUCAUCAGGAUAGGACUGGACUUCCUCACACCCAGAGUGAAUCAUGAAGGACUAUUCAGAUUGAGUGGAUCAAAGCUUGAGAUUGAUAAGAUGCAGGUGUCAUUUGAUAAGGGCGAGAUAACUGGAGUGGAUAAGAUUGAUAAGUUCAAGGUCAAUGAGAUGGCUGGCGUAUUCAAGGCUUACUUCAGAUUCAUGCCAGACUCAAUCUUCCCAGCAGAGUGCAUCAGCAAGUUGGUGGAGAUACAACAGCGAUCAAUGGACCCCUUGGAGAAAGUAUUGGCAAUCAAGACUGUCAUCAUCCAGAUGGAUGAUCCACACUACAGUGUCAUAUAUCUAUGCGUUGAGUUGCUGACCAAGAUAUGUCAGAACUCCAAGGAGUCCCUAAUGACUCCAAGUAAUCUGUCAAUCAUAUUUGGACCAGCCUGGUUUAGACCAAGCCAGGACUUCCAGGAAGUUGCCAAUUGUAAUACUAUUGUCUUUAACCUCAUUUCAUUCUUCCCUCAGAUCUUUACAAGAGCUCCAAGUACUGUUCUU